GUUCUUCUGCUACCAUUUUAAAUUCAAAGCAAGAUAGUGCAAUUAAAGAAUAUGAAAGAAAACUUGCUAGCGAUGAAAGCGACGAUCCUCUUAGUGUUUGGAUUUGCUACCUCAAUUACUUAGAAAACUGCGAAGAUUCUGCUUAUAACUUUUUACUUGUUUUAAAACGUUGUAUAACAGAAUAUAAAUUUUCGGAUCAAUACAGAAACGACAUUCGCUUUAUAAAAUUAUGGUUUCGCUAUGCUGAAGUGUCGGGUGAUAUACCUUCUAUCUACGAAGAGAUACUUCAGUUAAAAAUCGCAUCGAAGUUGGCUUUUUUUUAUGAGCACUUUGGAGCCUUGUUUGAAAAAACGGGUUUACUUCAAAAGGCUGAACAAUGCUUUCUUAUUGGAAUAGAAAGACAAGCAAAACCGUUAGAUCGUUUAAAAAAGCAUUUUUUUGAAUUUGAGAAACGGCAUAAACAAACCAUGCGUCGACCUUUAAGUGUUCUAAAAGAUUCUUCAUUAAAAGAGGAAAAAGUCCAAGACAACGGGGGCCCCGUUAAGGAAUCUUGCAAGGAACGCAAAGAGACUCUUUCUCUACUUCAAACGAGGGCUCUUCCGACGGGGGGGGUCGAAAGAGUUCGCUACGCCGUGCAUUUAUUGAGCCCCAAAGGCGACAUCGAACUUUCUCCAGAGGAACUUCGGGCCCUGCAGCCUAAGUAUUCUUACUUAAUAAUAAGAGAAAGUACGGAAAUCCUCAAAGAAGACUUAAUUAGCGCGGAGGCUCGUGUAACUCUGCCAGAAAGCCCGACGAGUGACCAUAAAAGUCUCGAAGUAGACGGCUUUAAGGACUUCACUGCAACCUUCAAAGCUGAAAUAUUGUCGCGCUCGUCCAGAAACUCGGAAGUGCUGGAGCCGCCGAGUACCAGCUCGCCCACCGUGCACACGCAGAAGGCUAUUAGCGACGUCAUGGCCAUGUUCAACGCCCCCUUGCCCUUCGAGCACGUGCAUGAGGCCGUCCCCGUGGUAACACCAGAUGCCGUCAGCGUCCUUUUCUCUAAAGGCUGCAGCGCUUUCCCCGUCCCGCAAGACAUGAAUCGUACUAAAGAUCCAUUGGCUCCUUUCGAAGAUAGUCACCCCAAGCAAAAGCUGACUAACGCAGACAUCCUAAAAGCCAUGGAAGAAAAGCCUCCUGUUUCUCAUGAGACAGUACCAUUCACUAUAUACGUAGACGGUGAGAAGGAGCUGUGCUUGGAGGACACGCCCGACGAGACUCCGCUGCCCAGCACAUUGUUGCCCUUGUCUGUUCGUACAGACCAGGAUAAUAAAACUGAACCACAGGCCUUCAAUACUACGCAGACGCCCGCUGCUGCCCUCGUCAGCUUAAAUGGUCGCUCGAAGCUGUCACCGAUACCGGAAACAAGCCCUGAGGAGGUCAAGCACGUAGCCCCGGCGCCAUCAGACAUUGAAGGGCUGUGCCCUGCAUUAAAGGCGGCCAAGUCAGCGGCCCUCACUCACCCAAACUACUAUUCUAGCGACUCUUGGCUGCCUACUAUAUGCGCUGGCUCUCAACUCGAACUUGGGACGGGUCUGUAUGACGUCCAAGAAGAGUUUGGAGAUGGAAAGAGGAUAUACAUGGUGGUCCACAUGGCCGUUUACGACUCUCUACUAAUCACUGACGAGGUGGACAUUUCUGACGACCAUGAUGUGCUCACAAUGAAGAUAGCUCCUCACUCCGAUGUCUGGGAGUUCUACAUUGCCUGUGAGUUCCAGCGGAGGAUCAGGAAUCUUCGAGAGCCGGCCACUCUAAAUGUACACCAAAGUCGGGUGGCAGCCGCCCACAGCGUCACUGUUUUUAAGGAUGCCAGUGUCACUUUACUUAAGUAUCUUCCUCACCAGGACUCUUUGUUGGAUGUGCUUCUGGCUUACCAGUGCGAAAAUAAAUUUAUGGACGAAAGUCUCGUUAUUUUUUACGCAAUCGAACUUUUGGGUAUUUUAGAAGAUCUUCGAGACUGCAAUAUUUUUCAUGGCGCUGUUUGCCCUGAAAAUCUUCUUUUGAGAUCUGGUAAAGCUCCCACCGGCAAAUGGUUCAAGGACGGCUCCAAUGGAUGGAGGGAUCACGGACUCGUUAUUAUAAACUUUGAAAAGAGUUCAGAUUUACAGUUGGGUUCAAGUGCGACUUCGUUGGAGAAAUGCGAAAAAGCGCUUGCAGAACCGCAAUUGCAAAAUAACGAUUCUCUCGGAUUAUUAAGUGUCUUAUAUUAUUUACUAUACAUGAAACCCUUUGAAAUUCCAUCAGGCAACGAAAAUUUUAUUGCUCCUCUUGAAAAUUCAAGGAAACUUCAUUUUGAUCUCUGGAGUAAACUUUUCGAAGAAAUUUUGCAGGAUCCUAAUUCGCCUGACGGGAGAACAUUUCAUAAGCAUAAAGUAUUUCUGGAAAGUUUUCUAGAAGCAGAUGAAGAAUUGAACUCUUUGCUACGCUCAUCCUUGCGAAAACAGACGAUUAUGGCUUAUAAUUGUUAAGAGAGCACUUAGCUGUAAUAGAACCUUGACCCCCUUUUUUUAGGCAUGUA